AUGGAAGGAACAGACGAAACAAUAAGAGGCAAGUGUUAUCUGUUACAUCAGCAUGUGGCCGUCGUGUUUGCGCUCUUCAUUGCCGUCAGAAUCAGGCCUCCAAAUGGUAGCGAAGUACCUUCCUCCACUGCAUUUGAAUGUGAUCGAGAUGGAAGACAAGCAAUCAUCGCUGGUGACAAGAGAUGGGAAUUUGACCAUGUCUUUCCUCAAGAAUGCAAUCAGCAAGCUGUCUUUGAUGAAGCCGUCUCAAAGGUCGUGGAAUCUGCGCUAUGUGGCUUUAGUGGCACUAUAUUCGCUUACGGUGCUACUUCUUCUGGAAAGACACAUACAAUACUCGGUGCUGACUUGCCUUCUGAAGAUGAUCCAACAACUGCUUUGUCUGAACGAGCCGGAAUCCUUCCUCGUAUAUGCAACAUGUUGUUUGAUGAGCUCAAGGGCAGUGAUGCUAUCAUUCAAAUGAGCUAUUUGGAAAUCUACAAUGAAGAAAUGAUGGACUUGAUGGCACCACAAACCGCAUCUCGAGAAUCAUUACGUAUUCAUUCGAACGCUGAAGGAUCUGGUGUCAAAGUGCUAGGAUUAAGUGCACAAGACUUCCACAACAGCACCGAUUUACUAAAAACUAUAAUCCGUUGUGCUGAAGCACGAAAGACUUCAGAAACUCUCCUCAAUCAACGAUCCAGUCGAUCUCAUACUAUAUGCAUGUUGGAUAUUAAGGAGAAACUCGCAAACCGACAAGACUACCUUUGUCGCGGCAGAUUAACAAUUGUUGAUCUAGCUGGCUCUGAGAAUAUAGAGCGAUCUGGUGUAGUAGGUGGCAGUAUCAAAGAAGCUGGAAAUAUUAAUGUCAGUCUGUUGGCGUUGGGCCGGCAAGUAGUUCCGUAUCGAGAUUCCAAGUUGACUCGGCUUUUGCAAGACAGCAUCGGUGGUCAGGCAAGGACGUUGAUGGUAGCCACUCUCUCUCCUCUCACUGAUUUCGAAAGCUACAAUACAUUGACGUAUGCUUCAAGUGUGAGAAAAAUUCGAAAUCGUCCAGUGGUGGAUUCCGAGUACAUUAGAGCUGUGAUGAGUCAAAACGAGGCAGAGAUGGCCAGUCUACAACAAAAGUUGGAGUCCCUAACACGUCAAGUGGAUACCUACCAGCAUUUGCAGCCCAAGUUGGCUGAAAUGAGAGCCGCCAAUGCUUCAAACAAACUGGUCAUGCAAGAGUGGAAGGCGAAGAUCGAACAGCAAUGUCAAGCAAUCGCUCAAGAAAAGCAAGACAUGCUAAACAAAAUACAUCAUGAGAUAUCAACUUUGGGCGAAAUAACCAAGGACGCUUUGACGGAACUCGGACAGAGUAUUGAGACUACGACAGUAGCCAAUAGUGAAGCUGCUGUAGAGUCAAUCCAUACCUCAAGUGCUUCACAUGUCGAGACUUUUACACGGCAACUAUCGGAAUUGACAUUCAAAUUUGCACAAGAGCAGUCCGAUUUGAUUCAAAAGCAUUUUGAACGCCAGUCUAACAUACUUGUCGCGGCUGUGUCCGAGCAAUCCAAGAUUGCCGUGAGACAAAUCAAGAGCACAACGGACACAGCAACUACGGCUUCCAAGAAGGAGACUUCUGCCCGUGUUACCGCUAUUCUAGCCAGCAUCGAUCAAGUGCAGACCCGGCUUGAAGAAAAGAUUGAACACAGCUUUACUGCUUUCUUGGCUCGAAUGGAAGGGUUGCAACGUGAAGAAGUCAAGUUGAAGCUUGUCGACACGUCAUUGCUGGAAAAUCCACUUUUAUGGCAAUCUCCGACGAGAACGACGAAAACACUCCCACCCCCCUCAAGAUCUGCCUCGAAACCUACUACGCCCAGGAGUGUAGUUCGUACCCUGCAGUAUCCGGCCAAGACUCCAUCACGUCUGGCAAUACAUGCGGGUGCAUUGAGAGAAGAUCUAGGAGGAAUGGUUGGAAGUGCAUCAGAAUCUCCGAGUAAAACAGUUGGAAAACGAAAAGAAGCCAUUGAAGCUCCGCAGAGUUCACGAGCUCAAAAACGCAUGUGCUAA